AUAAAAAUGGGCGAUAUAAGAAUCCUGGAUCCGCGAAUGGAUCCGCGGUUCGGAGGGGAUUUUAAACCGCGACCGUGGCCGGCGAUGUACAGAAAUUAUCCAGCACGUGGUCCGUCAUUUUGCUACCGGCCUGUACCAAUAGAGACACUUACGCAGUGGAUCGCGCCCCAUUUGCCCCACGAUUAUAAUUAUAAUGUGAUCCCUCCGGGGAUAAGGCCGAAAAAGGGCCGAGAAAUGGGGACUAGAGAUUACUAUUAUCUCGGCCCGAUGUACCAGAACGCGCUUCCGCCUCCUAAUGGGCCUAGUGGGCCUGGAUUGCAAAUGGCCCCGAUGACCAUGGCGCCUCCGAGGAUGAUGUUGAUGGAAGGAAAGUCCAGGAAUGGGACCAAGACUUCUUCUUCAAACGGGGCUGGGAGGAGCAGUGUGCCUUGUACUUGCUCGGUUGGAAGGACGAGGUCCCUUGAAGAUGUCAGGAGCGAAGUUGUAGAGUGGGAGGAGUACAGUGAUGAAAAUGGAAAUCGGGUUAAAGGAAAUCCUAAGGCUCAUGGCAAACACACUAGGCGGUCUAUGGAGAAUCUUCUGGAUGUUGAUAAUUCUUGCAGCACUACUUUUAAUCGGAAGUCGUGCGGGGGGAAGAGUAGGCAGGAGGGAAGAGAUUGCAGGAGAAGAGGAAGUUAUAUGCCAGAACCAAGGUCCGAGCUAGACUCGACAAAUGGAAGUAGUCAUAAUGGAAGACCGAGAUUUGUUCCUGUUACCGCUCUUGAAGAUGUUCAAGCUGUCAGAUGCGCUGAAUUUCAUCCUCAUGGGAAACUUUAUGCAGUUGGGUCUAAUUCAAAAACUCUUAGAAUAUGCGCGUAUCCAAAACUUCAUGAUGUUCGUGAAGACCAUCAGACAUACCAGCCUACAGUACUCUUCAAGAGAACGAAGCAUCAUAAAGGCUCAAUAUACUGUCUUGCAUGGACACCUGAUGGCCAAUUAAUGGCUACUGGAAGUAACGAUAAGACCGUUAAAUUGAUGCGAUUCAAUGCUGAUACUUCAAAUCUAGAGGGCCAAGAAGUUGAAUUAACAAUGCACGAUGGAACAGUACGUGAUCUCUGUUUUCUUGAAGACACAUCUAACAAAUCAAGCCUACUGAUAAGCGGCGGUGCAGGUGAUUGCAAGAUUUACGUAACCGAUUGUACUACAGGAACACCUUUCCAAGCUCUUAGUGGUCAUAGCGGCCACGUACUCACCCUUUACAAUUGGGGAGGUGCGAUGUUUGUCAGCGGUUCGCAAGAUAAGACUGUUAGAUUCUGGGACUUACGUACCAGAGGGUGUGUUAAUAUGGUUACACCUGCAACAGUACCCGGCAGCAGGGUGGGCAGCCCAGUGGCAGCGGUUUGUGUGGAUCCAUCGGGAAGAUUGCUUGUUUCUGGUCACGAAGACAGUAGCUGUGUUUUGUUUGAUAUAAGAGGUGGUAGAACUGUUCAAUGUUUUAAACCUCAUGCCGCUGAUAUAAGAAGUAUUCGCUUUUCACCUUCUGCUUAUUAUUUAUUAACUGGUGGUUAUGAUAAUAAACUUGUUCUUACCGAUCUUCAACGUGAUCUAACAUUGCCAUUACCAAGUGUCGUAGUAGCCCAACAUCAAGACAAAGUAAUCUCGGGUCGUUGGCACCCGACAGAAUUUUCAUUUCUCAGUACAUCUGCCGACAAAACAGCCACCCUCUGGGCUCUUCCUCCUGUCUAA